AUGACGUCAAUUGCUACGUUAUUACGUCGUGUGAAACUCUAUAAUACGUUGCCGUCAUUGGGUCUUGCUGAUUGUGAGAGCAAAGGGGGAAACCGUCUAUUUGCUGGAUCCUCUGCCUGGAAAUCGUGUGGCAGACCAGGCCGUAAAGCACCAAUUUGGAAAACUCUGCCAGGCACACCAAAGCAACCCAGCAGUGUCGAAUGCGGGUAUUAUGUGAUGCGCUUCAUGAGGGACAUCAUCAUGGAUCCUUCCUUGGAGUUUGAGAAGAAGUUUGCCAAGGGAAAAGAGCAAGCGCCAUACCCCCAAGAAGCCAUUGAUGAAGUCCGGAAUGAAUGGGCAGAUCUUGUUUGCCUUCAUAUGGAAUAG